UGGAAUAAAAAAAAGUUUAAAAAAUAAAAGUUGAACGGCCAACUUCACGCAGGUUAUGUCGGACUGUUUCGAGUUGAGUAUCUGAUGAUUGUUUUAUCAUUGUUAUUCAUCUUGCAAGUGGAAUUAUGAUAUAUUAUUAUCAAUAUUAUGAUAUGUACUUAUUAAAUAUUUUGAGUGCUUGUGUUAAUUUCAUCCCAGCAAUCACGUAAAUUGUAUGAUUCAUAAUAAUCUUUUAUAAAUUUUGAAGUAAAUUAGUUGACUGUUUUACACUGUGCUUUAUUGUCAUUAAUAUUUCCUUUACUUAAAAUUUGCGCUGAAGAUGUCUGUUGUAAUUGGAAACAUAGGAGACUAGUAACUUAAAUGAAAUAUAUUGUUUAAGACGGGUCAGUAUUUAUUUCUGUAGGUUAUGAAAAUUAGAAUAAUAUUUUGUUAAUAGGUCUUUUAUUUUUUUCUAUAAAAGCUUUAACAAUUAAAUUAUCCGUUAGUGAAGCAUAAUUUAUUCGGUGAUUAAAAAUGUAAUCAUGUUAAUUUGUAUGAACUGUUUUUAUACAAUACAGAAUCAUAUAAACAGGAAGACUACACAAGUGUUAUAAUUGUUCAUGUUCAAGAAAUACAGUGAUAUAAUAUUUUAAGACAUAUAAUUAAUAUGUCUAUAACUGUUUCAAACAUGAGUGGUGGUAUUGUUCCAAGUAAAUCUACUGUAUAUGUGUCUAAUUUGCCAUUUUCAUUGACAAACAAUGAUCUUCAUCGUCUUCUUGACAACUAUGGAAAAAUUGUCAAAGUGACUGUUAUGAAAGACAAGACUACGAGACGCAGUCGUGGAGUUGCCUUUGUUUUAUUUCUCAAACCUGAAGAUGCUGCAGUCUGUGCCAAAGAAUUAAACAAUACAGAAAUUGGUGGACGUACUGUAAAAAGUUCUAUAGCCGUUGAUAAUGGACGCAGUACUGAAUUUAUACGGCGAAGAGACUACCCUGACAAAUCUCAGUGUUACGAAUGUGGUGAAGAAGGUCACCUGUCAUAUCAAUGUACUCAUAAUACACUGGGACCGAGGGACCCCCCACCUAAAAAAAUUCGUGUGAGGAAUAAGAAUAAAAAUCGUGCUAAAACAGAUACUAGCUAUUAUGAUAGUGACAGUGACGAAGGUGUUCGUAAUCCACGAACAUCGACAGGAACUAAUGUUGACGAGUAUGUUGGAGAUAAUGAACCUGAUCUGGAAACAUUGGGUGCUGCUAUACGAUACGAGCAAGAACAAAAGGAGCUUGAAAAAUACAGAUACAAAGUUGCAACCGGUCAAUAUGACGAACCUUCAUUACAAGAGCCGUCGCAGCCUAAAAAGCGUUUCAGAAAAAAUGAUUAUUUCAGUGACGAAGAAGAGUUGAGUAAUUAAAAAAAUAAAGUAUUUAUAAUAAUUCAAAAUAUUUAGAACUUCUAAAAUUUGUUUCUGAUAUAUAUCUUUAUAUAUCAUUUUAUGAAUCAAAUGUUGCAAAAUUCUGGUACGUAAUUAGAAUGCAAAUGCAUUUGCUAUAUAUUGGACCAUACAAUAUAAUGAAAUAUAGUGUGAAAACUAUAGAUAUCUUUCUUAAUGACAAACUAUAAACGAAGGAAUUCAUCCAUUCAUGUGCAUUACAAACCAAGUAUGUAAAUACAUCAAAACCAAACGGAAACCAAUAAAAAACGUGUUCAAUGUCGGAGCUCAACACUAA